AUGGCAGCAUUGGAAGGGCAAGGAGAAGACAAGAACGAGCUAGCAGCAGCAGCAGCAGCAGCAGAGAUGGUCAGCCUCUUUGCCAGCACACCGGCGACUAGCCUAACCCGGGCCCUGCCGCAUGGGUCCGCAGCAGAUGUGCUGGUGUUGCAGUCUUCAAGCGGUGGUGGGAGCACAUUUGACGUGCGUGACGUGCUGUACACCGCGUACGCGGAGCGCGGGGUUGGCCUUGGCGGCGGCGAUGGUGAUGGUUCUGGUUCGAGGGUACGGAAAGGCGGCGGGAUCAGGAUCCUGCUUUGCCAAGAGGAGGCGGCAGUUGUGGCGAGAGAUCUAUUGUUCCUGACCUUGGUUUUGGACUCGGGUGCUCAGCGUGCUGGUGAAGCAGGUCAGCAGCCGGAUGAUGGAGGAUCGGACGAUGGCGACGAAGGUAUCCUAUGGGAAGCUUUCAAUGACUUGUUCGUGCCCGAGGCAAUAUUCGAAAAGGUCAUUGCUCAGGCUGACAAGCUUGUCGGCGUGGCUGGCGCUAAGGGAAGGUUGGAGGCAUGGAAUGCGAGCACAUACGGACAUGCGCUCGGCUUUCACGAUGAGUCGACUUUGCAGCAAGUCAGGCAGGUGUGGGAACAGUACAGAGCACCAAACUCCGAGCUGAGGGCAGCGCAGUUUCGCGAAAGCCUGGGUUUAUCGCAAAAGAUCCGCGAUGCCGAGCAAGUGGACGUCGACAAACAGAUUUCACUGUCCGGCCUGCGAUCAGCAGCACCGGUGCCACUGGCUUCCGGGGAUAUUGUGUCGCGUGGUUUCAAGCAGUUCUGGGAGCAUGGCAGCUUGACCUCCGCUGCCGACGACAAGCUCGAAGUUGAGAAGAGUGAAGGUCGGGACAAAACAGAGCCACGGCGCCUUCCGAAUCCGCUGAUGGCGGCCUGUCUAUUAACUUCCUCGACUAAUGGCACUUCGGAGCAGAAGAAAGCCCUUCAUUACAGCUCGAACCCCUUGCUGGGAUAUCAUCUCGGGGCGGCUCUCGCCAGGCUUGCGCCAGGCUCGCCUUAUUCAAUACUUCAAACUGUCAGCGAUGGCGACGAGUAUGCAAAUAUUGUCACAUCCGUUCGCAUACAAUUCCGGGAGUGGGCAAAUGCUUUUCGGGAAAUGGCGAGAGAACGGGGCAUCAAUUUGCAAUACUGCGUCAACCCACUUACGGACUUUCUGCGAACUCUUUCAGACGACACCCAAGAGAGCACUGAGCAGAAAACCUCGAGAUCAGAAGUUUCGAGGCGGUUUGAUAUAAUCGACACGACUUCAUGCGCGGACGAGCAUGGCUUUCUCAAUCUGCUUGUAGCCUCCAGACCGCUGCUGAGACCGAGCCCUGCGUCCGUCAUCUACACGGAAACACUGAAACGUCAACCCGGCCUAUCAUACAAGCAAAAUCUCGACUUGCUGAUGUGCGGCGAUGCUCUCCUGAACUCUCUGGUCAUCGACUUGAGCCCCGUCGAGUACUGGACCAACACGAGCACCGAGUCGUGUAUCGAUGAUGUCCUCAUCCGCGGCUCGGUUGAUGGCGCACAGACGAGCGGGAUCUUGCAAGGCCACUUUCGGGCUUCAUGGCGGCUCACGGAUCAUUUCUCUGGGACAGUUGCCUCGGGCGGCCGAUUGGCUGACGAGCAACUGCUCUUCAUGGAGGAUGGCGACGCCUCGACGAUACUGGCAAAUGUGCUUUCGGGGUUGCUCAGGCAAGAGCAGACCCUCAUGGCUACAAAAGAGGAUGCCGAAAUACUCAGCACCCGGCUCCUAGCACGAUUCAAGACGUUCACACUCCUUCUCCUACGGCAUGUACGGGUCAAGUGGGAUUCAGUGGCUGCCAGCCUUAUGAGUAAACUGCCGGACUGCUUCACGGCAAGUACGCUUUCGCCUCAUGAAUCGUGUGGCACGAAGUUCGCCGUGUUUUCAAAAGAGGUACACCAAAUGCUUAGUGAGCGGGACGACGACGGGCUGCAUUGGACAGCUCAGAAAGACGUCAACCUCCGGAUAUCACCCAGGCCAGCUGGCCAGACUGUUAUGAUUGCCCAUCUAAACCUGAAGAACGGGAAUAGUGAACCGCUGCUGGAGCAAGAUGCGCCGGUCAGACUACAGCAACAAUCCCCAUUCUUGAUCAGUGUCAUCAUCGAUGGCGAUGGUGCCGCGAAAUACAGCGCAGACGUCAUCUUCCCGAUGCCGGUUCUCGCGAGCAAAGUAUCUGUGUCUACGGGUCAUCAGAUUUCCCAAGGAGCGAGCUUGGUUGAUUCCUCUGCACUAGAGAACGCCCACGCGCGCAGCUUUAUAGAGCUCACAGCACAGGUCGUGGACCCAAUCGAGCUCGAAGACUUCUCGGAGCUGAUCCUGCCGAUUCGGAUCGCCAGUCUUCCAAACAGUACCAAUAAGACACCCAUUGCUCUCAACAACCACAGUGUCAAUCUCGAUUCAUUACCGAUAGUGAGCGUCGACAACAACGAGUCGGACGCAGUGGCCAAGAAGGCCAAUGCCUGGCUCGCGACCCUGACAUCGCAGCAGUUCUCCACGCGCGAGCGCAAGGAGCGCGAGCUCGCAUACGAGGACGACACGCUCCCGCCUUCGGCCAAGCUGAACCUCAAGGAGUCCAUCUUCACCAUCUUCAUGCUCGCGUCGGGCCUGCAGGGCGGGAACACGGGCCUGUUUACGCUCUCGCACCCGACCAAGGGCAACCAGAUCCUCAUCUUUGUCCGGGCGAUCCGGCUUGACGGGAGCGCGGGGUCCGUGGUCGCGGACGCCGCGGUGCUGCCGGUCACGCGGGAGCUGCUGGACUCGGGCGAGCUCGAGACUUUCUUGCUCGUUCUCAGGGAGCUCGACGCCUGCGUGAUCGAGGUGACCGACGAGGAGCUCGUGCUGUGGAAGCGGGUGCUGCCUGCGAUGGUGGAGCGGUGUCGCACGUCGUGGGAGCACACGGAAAACUGCGAGUAUUUCUCGUCCUCCUCGUGUUACUCCACUGUAGGCGGUCACCCAACAGCAGCGGCAGCAGCAGCAGCAAGUGUUGUUCCACUGAGCGUCGAGCCGGAGAAACCGUUUCUGUGCUCGUGUGGCAAUGGGAGACUGCCCGAGCGGUAUAUGGGCGGCCUGCCCGAGUGGGAGGAGUCUGCCGCGCGGCACGCGGUGCGCGUGGCGAUCAGCCCGCUCUUCGCGGUGCCCUGGGUCGAGGACAUUAUGGACGUCGAGCUGGUGAGGAGCGCGGGCGGCGUGGAAGGGAUGGUGGCGGCGAGCCGAGACCGGUGCAGGCGUUGCGGCGCGACAGAGAGGGCAGGUGAGACAGUGGAUUCCACUGCUGGCGAUGGUGACAAGAAGCGACCGCUCAUGCGGUGCACGCGGUGCAAGGACGCAAUGUACUGCUCACACGAGUGUCAGAAGAAGGAUUGGAAGAAGCACCGGAUGGAAUGUCGGGCGCCUGGUCAGGUAGAGUAG